CUCAAGAUUGAUCCCACGUGUCUAAAACUUCACAAUUGUUUAAAUUUAAACUUAAGCUUUGAUACCGUCUGAAUGAAUGAGGAAAUGAAACAGCGUGUCAGGCUCUUUAAGAGAGAGGCGACAGUGAGAAACUCGGGGUUUGUUGAUAAGAAUCUGCUAGCGAGCAGGUUAGCUCCACAGAAAGAGGAAAUGCAAUAAUUGACCUCAAGUUUAAUGUAGCUCUCAUCCUGUAACUGAAAGUCUUUAUUUCAAGGAGAAGCAGCGAGAAUGGAGUCAACUGAGGGUCCGUAUGAGUACUACGACUAUGAGGAGACAGAAAACUCCACCAUGUGCGACUAUUCUGAGUGGACGCCCUCCUACUCUGUCAUCCCGGUGCUCUACAUGCUCAUUUUCAUCCUCGGCCUCUCUGGAAAUGGGGUGGUCAUCUUCACCGUAUGGAGAGCCCAGGGCAAGUGGCGAGCUGCUGACGUCUACAUUGGAAACCUGGCCCUCGCUGACCUCACCUUCGUGGUCACUCUGCCUCUGUGGGCCGUUUACACAGCCAUGGGUUACCACUGGCCAUUCGGGGUGGCCCUGUGUAAGAUCAGCAGCUAUGUGGUGCUGCUCAACAUGUACGCCAGCGUCUUCUGCCUCACCUGCAUGAGCUUCGACCGCUACCUGGCCAUCGUCCACUCCUUGUCCAGCACCCAGCUGCGCACCCGUGGCUACAUGCGAGUCUCCCUGACAGCCAUCUGGUUGCUGUCAGGUCUCCUUGCUGCCCCAACUCUGCUCUUCCGUACCACCAAACAUGAUUCAACCAGCAACAAAACCUCCUGUGCCAUGGACUUCAGCCUGGUGGUGUCAAGUAAAGAGGAGGAGAGCCUGUGGAUCGCCGGUCUCAGCAUCUCCUCUUCAGCUCUGGGUUUUCUUCUACCUUUCCUGGCGAUGAUGGUGUGCUACGGCUUCAUCGGCUGCACCGUCACCCGCCACUUCAACACUCUGCGCAAAGAGGACCAGCGUAAGAGGAGGCUGCUGAAGAUCAUCACCACGCUGGUAGUGGUGUUUGCCGCCUGCUGGAUACCCUUCCAUGUGGUGAAGAGCGCUGACGCCCUCUCCUACCUGGACCUAUUUCCCGCCACCUGUGACUUCCUGCGCUUCCUGCUGCUGGCUCACCCCUACGCCACCUGCCUGGCCUACGUCAACAGCUGCCUCAACCCUUUUCUCUACGCCUUCUUUGACCUGCGCUUCAGAUCCCAGUGUCUGUGCCUGCUCAACCUGAAGAAGUCCUUGCACGCCAGCCCUGCCAGCUCCCUGUCCUCCCAGAAGACGGAGGCUCAGUCUCUCGCCACGAAGGUGUGACGAAAGCUGAGGGCCCAGAGACGUCCUGGGGAAGAGGUGAACAAUGCAGAACAAUGCAGGUAAAUCAAAACAUUGCAGCGUUGGGCGCUUGCUCAUAGAUCGUCUGCGGUCAGUUUCAGGGUGUCACCUUUGCUCCCCAUCUGACUCUGUGGACCACUGUAGGCAUUUGACUGAAGAAGACAGUCAGGUUUGUGGUUUCUACCUCAAACCAUGCUCAAACUCCGGCCUCACUUUAAGAAGAAGGUGACGUUCGGAGAAAACUGAACAGCUUAAUACAAGGGGACCAAGCAGACUGUGGAAUGUAUUUCUCUUGGUUCUCCGGCGGACAAUGCGCUGAGCUAUGAACUCUGAAAAGCUCUCCUCAAGUCACAGUGAAGUGUGUAUUACUCAUGCUGUUUUUUAUUUUCAUUCGUAAGCACUUGAGGUGUGAUAUCUAGCAGACUGCCCCACUCUCCGUGCUCAAACUGCAAUGUCUGCACCACAGCCAGCAGUGUUACGUCUGUGUGUGUGUGUGUGUGUGUGUGUGUGUCCGUCUGCGUGAGUGUGUGUAGGAAGGGUGUGCCAGUCGUCAAGAGGUGUUGGAGUCCGAUAAGAGGGUUGUAAGGAGAGACGGGGAUAGUGGAGGGAGGGGUGGGAGUCCCAGACAGACAGACAGAUGGCAGCUGACAAAUGUUUUAAGGCUGGCGGAAGGCCCAAUUAAAAGGUGACUGCUUCGACAGUCUGUGAUUGUGUGUGUGUGUGUGUGUGUUUGUUGAGUGUCAGAAUGACAAAAUUUGUUCCUGACAAAUACAUGAAAGCAUUUUGUGAAUACACAUUAUUUUGAAUUCAUGUCUAUGAUUUGUAAUAAAA